GGUCUGCGUGGAAAAAGACUAUGGGAAAAAGUGGGUGGUGUUGUUGUAUGUAGGCAUGGAGAGGAGCAGAGAGCGACUCGACCGCUGCUGCUGUUCCUAAUGUGAUGACAGCUGAUUGUACCGAGACAGGGCCGUGGGGACCGACGUGUCAACGAGGGUUUAUUAAACCUCUACUUUAAAUCAGAACAUAAUCUAUCCGGGGACAUGAUGAUGAGUGUGUGCACAACUCUGGAGCUGUGGGAGGACCUCUAACUGCUCAGAGGAAAAAGCUGCUCCGCCAACACAUCACCAGGCUGAAGAAUAAGAAGUUUGGAUAUCUAGUCUGACUGGAUCUAACGGCCCAUUCCAACGUUUUUCCACUGGACACUUCAAAGGUAAUGAGUAAUGGAAGUAGGGUCGGUGGUGCGUGCCGUGUUCGAGUUCCUCCCCAGCGUCUCAGAAGAGCUGCCACUCUUUACUGGUGAUGUCAUCGAGGUGCUCAGUGUCCUGGAUGAGUUCUGGCUGCUUGGUAACAAAGAUGGUGUCACAGGUCAGUUCCCCAGCACCUUUGUGGAAGAGAUCACCAUCCCCAGCACCAAACCUGAAGACAGACUGUACGUGUGCAUCAACGAUUUCAGCUCAGCCGAGGCGGGUAACCUUCAACUUAAGAGAGGUGAUGUCGUUGUUGGGGAGGCAGGAGGGUCCAUGGACCUUGGUGAAACCUGGCAGCGUGGUUGUAAUGCCUGGGGCAUCCGUGGCCUCUUCCCCACAUCAUGCGUGAAGGAACUGCAAUUGUCCGGCCGCUCCAGGCAGCUGUCUGAACGCUCAGCCCAGGCCCAAGCUUCAGAGCUCCCUCCUUACGCCCUGGGCCAAGCCCGGGCCCUUAUGAACCUCCAUGCUCAGCUAAACGAGGAGCUGGACUUUCGCGAGGGGGACUUGAUUAUGAUCACUGGUCUGCCAGAGCCAGGCUGGUUCCAGGGGGAGCUGGAGGGCCGCCGGGGCAUCUUUCCUGAAGGGUUUGUGGAGCUCCUGGGUCCCCUCAGGUCUCCUCAGGAGCCGAUGGAUUGUCAGUAUUUGAGCAAUGCUUCAGAACAGUAUUGCUAUGAGGACGCUUAUGAUGCAGGAGAGGGGACUGAGGAGGAAGGAGAGACUUUUCAGAAAGAAGAAGAGGAACAGAAAGAAGCCGUAGUUGAAGAAGAAGAAGAGGAGGAGGAGGGUGGUGUGUAUGCAGUGGCACAGUAUGAGUUUCGAGCGAUGGAACCAGGCGAGUUGGACUUCGACACAGGAGAUCGCAUUAGACUUAUAAGCACUUUGGAGGAUGGUUGGCUGGAAGGUGAGAUUGGAGGAAGACGUGGUAUUUUUCCUCAUCGUUUCGUCAAAAUGGAAGAUAAUGGGCAGCAACCCACAGAAGAAACACAUAUUGAACCUGAAGAAGACAAGGACAAUAGCUCUACCUCUGAUUAUAGCUCGGGCCGAUUAUGCCCCAAUGAAUCAGAGACUGAUACAGACUGGAGUACAUACGAGGAUCAUACAGUUUGGGACCUGGACUACUUCGAGAGGACGGAGGAGCAGAGGUGGCAAAGUGAGAACAGAAGUACUGGAGAUCAAACUACCAACAGAACACAACAAGAUGGGGGUAGGAGGCCAGAGGCUCAGCCACGUAGACCUUCUGCUCCAGUGCAAAGACGACCAGAGAGACCUAAGUCCACUCCUCCAGCACGACCAAGACUCCCAGCACGGCCUAGCCUGCCUGCGCGCAACCAUAGGAACCGUGGUCCAUCUUCUGGGACAAGCAGAUCUGGCUAUACCAAUGGAAACUCUCAAUCCUCACGUCCCAAACUUACCCAUAGCCUUACCCUUCCUAGAACUCAGCCCGGUUGGUCUAAAGAUAGCAGAUACCAUCAAAGGCCAACAUCAGAUGGUUCCACCACCAAUAAUGGAACUUCAAGUCUCGGCCAGGUGCUAUUUAACCUUGCCGAGGCCCAUGUGCAGAAGAAACUGUCUCGCCAUGCUAGUGUCAGUGAUGCAGAUAUGAUGAUUGGUAGUUCGGAAAGGCACCAACGUUCCCAGCAAUCAGCGUGUAGCUCCAAUGGUUUCGCUCCAACAUCCAUGACAUUAGAUGCCAUGGCAAUGUCAGCAGGUGACUUGGAAACCAAAUUGUCCCAGCAGCUUUUUGAAUUUGAGAAAAGCUUGAACACUUCUUACAGUGAUUCCAACAUGAGCUCUAGUGCUCCAAGGGAAGCAACUUCUCUUGAUGAUCCGAACCUGCAAUCCCAAGUCUUGCGCCACUUUUCUAUUCUGGACUUCAACAACGAAUGUGAUAUCAUCCGAGGCUCCUCUCACUCACCUGUGUCCCACCUCUUGCAGACAAACUCUGCCAACUCCUCACUAGAGAGGUGCAGGACCCUCCGCCCUCCUCCUCCUCGCCCUAGACUCCUUCGUCCCCAAGCCCCACCUGCGUGCAAACCUGCCCGCCCUCCUCCACGUCCCCCUCCUCGAUUCCCGAGACAAAACACUGCUCCUCCAACCAGCAACUCCUACGGCAACAACCACAUCUUCUACACCCCUGACGAAGCAGACGCAAACGUCUUCGACAGGCAGACAGAGUUUGGUGACCUUGCAGCUGCUCAGGAACAUGAAAUACAGUGCCAGCUGGAAGCGGAGAAAGAGCUGGAGAGAGAGAUGGAGUUGGAGAGGCAGAGACAGAGGGAAGAGGAGGAAAAGUACCAGCUGCUGCUACGGUUACAAGAGGUUGAGAAUGACAUGGAGGCAUACUCGCACACAGCUGAGGAGCUCCGGACCAUGCUGGAAGAAGAGGAGGAUGAGACGGCGCGCAUGCAAGCCCUGGAGAAUCUGGAGUUCUGCAACUACACGCUGGAGACGCUGGCUUUGGAACAGCAGCAGCUACAAGAGAUGACACUCCUCUCCUCCCAACCCAAACCCCUCGACUCCACUCCCACCUCGGACUCCAGCCCCAGCGCUGCCACAGGCAAUGAGGAUCCUGAACAGAGGAUGCUGGAAAAGAGGUUGAAAGUCAUUGAGGAGCUGCUGCAGACAGAGAAAGACUACAUCAAAGACCUGCAGAUGUGUGUGGAGGAGAUCACUGAGCCACUACAGAAGAAGCAGGUGAAGAACGUAGACUUUGAUGGUCUCUUUGGAAACAUUGGCUCUGUGAUUGACUUGUCACAACGCCUGUUUGAUUCCCUCUAUGACACUGACUCUAUCGGAAAAGUAUUCCUGGACUUUAAAGUUGAGCUGGAGGAGGUGUACAAAAUCUACUGCCAAAACCAUGACGAUGCCAUCUCUCUGCUGGAAAGUUACGAGAAAGACGAAAACAUCCAGCGCCACGUGUUGGAGUGUCUGGAGAGACUGAGAGCCAUAUACAGAGAGUGGGGGAAAACAAACUACAUCAACCUGGGCUCUUUCUUAAUAAAGCCAGUGCAGCGUGUGAUGCGGUACCCGCUGCUGCUGAUGGAGCUGCUGGGGGCAACACCAGAGAGCCACCAUGACCGGCUACAGCUGACUCAGGCUCUGCAGGCUGUCAAGGAGAUCAACGUCAACAUCAACGAGUACAAGCGCCGGAAAGACCUCGUGGUGAAGUACAGGAAAGGUGAUGACGACACGUUCAUCGACAAAAUCUCCAAACUCAGCAUGCACUCCAUCAUCAAGAAGUCCAAUCGAGUCAGCAGCCACCUCAAACACCUCACAGGGAUUUCACCUCAGAUUAAAGAUGAAGCUUUUGACGAGGCAGAGAAGAAAUUCAGGCUGCAAGAGAGACUCAUCAAGAGUUUUAUCAGGGACAUCUCCUUAUACCUGCAACAUAUAAGGGAAUCAGCCUCAGUGAAAGUGUUAGCAGCCAUCAGUUUCUGUGACAUCUACACAGAACGCAGCAUCCUCGACCCUGAACACUUUCAGAGAGCUCACCGCUGCAUCAGUGACAAACAGUUCACCCAGUUUAAGGAGCGCACAGAGGCCUUAGUCAUCAACCCGCUCACUCAGCUGCUCCUCAUGUUCGCUGGGCCGCACAAACUCAUCCAGAAGCGCUUCGACAAGCUGCUUGACUAUGACAACUGCAAGGAUCGUGCCGACCGUCUGAAGGACCGGCGUGUCCAGGAUGAGUUGCAGCAGGCACGCAACAAUUACGAGGCACUGAACGCACAACUUCUGGACGAGCUCCCUAAAUUCCAUGGUGCUGCAGAGGACCUGUUUACUGGCUGUGUGCGGUCUUUCGCUCAAGCUCAGAAGGACUUCAUGAAGACGACGCUGGGAGAGCUGAAGCCCCUCCUACAGUUUUCUAGCAGAGUUGGCACAGAGAGCAACUUAAUUGCACAGUUCCAAGAAGAGUACGGGCGAGUUUUCCAACUUCUGCAAGGUUUCAGCUUCUGCCCCGAGAACCUGCCUCCUGCCACAACCGUAAAAAAGACCUUCGAGAAGAAAACUCUGGAGAAGCAGACCUCUAAAAAGCAACUGCAAGCACCUCCAAACUGCAUCCUGCAGACAGACGAACACCGAGCAGGACUUCUGGUACGCUACGGACCUGAGAAACUUUUCCAGGCAGAGAGAAACUGCAAUGCAGCGCAGGAUCUUGACGUUUCCAUACUUGAAGGAGAUCUUGUAGGUGUUAUCAAGCCGCAGGACCCUAUGGGCAGCAACAACCGCUGGCUAAUCGACAAUGGAGUCACUAAAGGUUUCGUGUACAGCUCCUUCCUCAAACCCUACAACCCACGCAGGAGCCAAUCAGAUGUUUCCAUUGAGAGCCAGUCUUCCAAUGAGUCUGGUUAUGGUGGCUCCUCCCCUGUUUUCUCCCGCCAAAACAGCAACAGCACUCUGACCUUCAACCAGGACAUGGCCACGGUUAGCUUCUCCACAUCACAGCCCCAAAGUCAAUCAUCCCCACACCCUUCACUGGACUCUUCCUCGUCUCGUAGGAGUCACCUCAGAGAUGCUCCCAACCCUGACUCAGUCAGUCAAAGCAACUCCAUCAACUCCUCGCCCCGAAAUCCCUCAAGCCGGAGGGAAUUCUCUGAACAAACCCACCGACAUUCCUCCAGUCAUAGAGAAACAGAGACUUCUUAUCGGCAUUCAGGCAAUCACAAAGACCUGUACGAAACGGGUUACACGAGUACGAGCAGCCACAAGGAGACGUCAGACCUCUCGGAGAGCGAGUCCUAUUCUUCGCACAGGAACAGUCGCUCGCAGCGAUAUGGACACUCAGACAAAGCCAGCAGUUCACACCAGUGGAGGAAUGGUGAAAACAGCAGCCAGAAGAGGUCAGCUUACUCUAGAGACGAGUACAUAGAGCCAGAACCAGAACCAGAACCCGAACCCGAACCCGAACCAGAUCCAGAACUUGAUGGUCAUCAGAUCUAUUACGCUCUCUACUCCUUCGAUGCUCGUUGUGCCAAUGAACUGAGCAUUUCAGCCAACCAGAAGCUACGGAUCCUGGAGUUCAAGGACAUGAACGGCAACAGCGAGUGGUGGCUGGGAGAGGCAGGCGGCCGGCAAGGAUAUGUGCCUUCAAACUACAUCCGCAAGUCCGAAUACACAUGAAGAAAUCCUCUAAUGUGGACUUAAAACCUGAAGCUGAACUUCAACUUUAAGGAGACUCACCCUGCGAGCAGUUUGAACAAAGACACGAACAAGCAUGUGGACUGUGACUUAUUUUUGAACAUUUGUCAUGGAGUUUGAGAGUGAAAAGGACUGAGUAUUGCUGCUGACAUUGCUCUUCUAAAAGUUAGCAUUAUAUGCCUAUAUUUAUAGACUUUUUAUACUAUUUUUACUUACUGGAAACUGAAGCCUAUCUCAUCCUGUUUCCAGAGAAAAAAAACCUGUGAAUUGCACCAGAUUUUUGCCACAUUUUCUGGAGCUAAAGACAAUGAAUUGUAUGUUUAAGAGAACAGUUAUUGGGAGAUUGCAAUGGAAAUGUGAAUGUUUUGGGUUCAGGCUACUUCUUCUAAACAAAAAUCAGGUGGUAUUCAGACAGACUGACCUAAACACUGUGUUUUUUCUGCAUGUGGUUUAUUACACCACUCAAAUUGAUGCAUGAGGAUUUAAGCAGCAUACUCUUCAACAAUCAAAGUUUGAGGCACUUAUCAUGAUUAUCCACUGGUUUCGAGUUUUGAAGUGUCUGUGGAGUCAUCAACCAGAAUUUGGAGUGUUGUAUGAAACUAAUAUGGGUUACUUGACUUAAGAUUGAGGGCAAAGUUGAAUGACAUAAUAUAUGGUUUACAAGCACUCCUUUUUGAAACCGGGCGUGCAAACAGGCAAUGGCCCAUUUAACUGUCGGGAGGUUAAUGAACUUAGAGGAGAGCUUGUGGUCUGAAGUUUACUCUGAUUUCUCUACAUACUCCCUGUGUACAUUAUAUAUAGUGUUUAUAUUGAGAAUAUGCUAUUGCUCCCACUGUAAAGUGAUCACUGUUUGAAUAAAAAAAACAGCUCAGCUGAAAAAUCACA